AUGUUGCCCUCAGUAGCACCGUUCCCACCCGUUCAACCGCAUCAUCACUUCAAUUAUCGUCUUGGUGCCGACCCAACCCACGGACCUUACGACCCGAACACCUCAUUCCUCACAUCAGUCCCUCGUAGCGACCUGAGCAAAGCUUCGUUCCAGUUGACAGCUCGAUCCCGACUACAAUAUCCCCAUCCUAUUCAACGUCUCGACGCCCACGAUGCCACUGGCCCGGUGCCCAGUCCGAAGAGUGCGGGCGAACACGCCUUACGGAGGAAAACGCCGAGCGGGACAUUGGCUGCUGGGUAUGAUGGCACGCCAGGGGAUACCACCAUUCAGCCGGCGAGCAAACACAUCUUAGUCUCACCCAUCGAAUCGGGCCACUUGGUACCACCCCAUACCGGAUUUCCAAUGGAGACAUGGCAACAGAUCGGCAUGGACCAGGCUUCAGCGGGGAAGCACCUGAAUUUCCCGCCCGUCUAUCGAAACGACUCGAGCCGAGCUAAUGCUGCCCCGGCCGAGAUAACCCAAGCGGUGAAUGGGACCAGUUGGGUUCGCUCUCUGAACUACGUGCCGGGGAUGGACUCGAUGUUGAACCAAUCCCUGCCGAUGCAGCCCUCGCAGCAGCGGUUUUACUUGCACAAUGGCGCCUAUGUUCCUACGGUUCUCCCAGCGACCCUUCAACCAUGUGUCGGCCCCACCGCAUCGGCCGGGACGGGGCCGUACGGUCCAUAUUGGCCGGAUGGGGUGUAUAUCCCGUAUCGUCCAGCGGCCUUUCGAGAUGCUCGGUUCAAUGAACCCACCCGGUUUGCGAAAGCAACGAACCCACCCCCACUCCAGUUCUUUGAUGCAGGGCAACCGCCUUUCAGUCGGGGGGCUAUCUCCUCUGGCAGCCACCCGGACCCAAGUCUGACCUGGAACCAGGGCCUUGGCAUGCUCGCCUCCGAUCUGCCAAUGAAGAAUAACUUUCCUCGACGCCAUUCGGAUCAGAAACCCGUGGAUAUAUCAAUGAGCCAGCGAAUCCUGCCGUAUCACACCCGCCAGUCUAAUCCCAGCUCGGGCUUUUCAUCGCGUCCCCAAAUACCUGAGAGUGGUCCAUCUUGGUCCGGCCCUGCGAGCGCCCAGGGUCCUACAGCAACCCCACCGACAACGAACACAGAAUUCAAGGAGAAGGUGUUAACGUGGGCCCAUAGUGUCUACGUCGACCUCCUUGCAUCCAUUCACCAGGCACGGCGGAAUAGUAUCUCGAAUGCUGCGGCGGAGGGGCAAAGUCAACGGAUUUUGAAGCCGAGCAUUUACCCGAAACCACCUCGUCAGCCUGGUCUCGAUUUCUCCAACACCAAUGCCACCGAGCCCAGUCGUCAUAACACUUACCCUUCGGGUCCGUUUGACCAGAGGGCCAAUGCUAUCAGUAACGCAGGCCAAAGUGACGCCUCCAGCUUUCCGGCUGGCCGUCGCUACGAGCGUCCUUCAUUGGCUCAGAUCCCGCAAGCUGCGUCUGACACCCAGAUGCUGGACCGGCUGCGCCAUACCGGACGAUUGACUGCUUCAACAGCGGCGUCUCGCUUUGGUGCCACGCCAUUGACUGAGGGUUCCAUCACAGGGAACGCAAUAUCAUCCUUGGAAAUGUUAUCACAUCUUUGCAUGGAGAGUGGAUGGGAAUGGAUUGACGGGAUGCUCCUGGGAGGCUGCCUUGCCUAUGGCCUUGGGGACUAUCACAAGGCCAUGCGAUGGUACUCCAGGAUCAUCGCUCGAGAUGCAACGCAUGUGGAGGCCAUCUCCAAUCUUGCGGCCACACUUUUGGCGCUGGAUCGCCGAGAAGAUGCCUUGCAACAUUGGCUUCGGGCCGUGAAGCUUCGCCCGAGUUUCUUUGAGGCCGUGGAACACCUGAUUGGCCUUUUGUGCAGCAACCAACGCGGCAAGGAGGCCGUCAACAUCAUUGAGUUCGUGCAAAAUUCGCUACGAUACCCCAAGAAUGGCGAUUGCUUCGCGUCCGAUGAGCAUGCGAGUGAGACGGAGAGUGAUGCAGAGAGCAGAGCGUCCAGCACGUCUGACCUGGGCUCCUAUGAAAAGGCGUCCUUCGAUUACGAUGAUGACUUUGGCCGGUCGGUCUCUGCCAACCGGGGUUCCGCGGAUGUCAACUCGGUUGGAUUUGGUUCCAGCGGCUACUCGGUCCCGGGUUCUGAUAACGGCCGAAUGUUGGCUCUAGUUCACGCCAAGGGCAAUAUGCUGUAUGCGCUCGGCGACAAUGUAGCCGCCGCUGCAGCCUUUGAGGAUGCCAUCCUGAUAGCAGCGGGACGACGACGCCAUGGAAUUCAAAACCUGAUCCGGCAGAUCUUCUCGGCCUUUACGCAGAGCGCACAUCGGUCUUAUCCGGGCCCAGACCCCCGCGGACCGCAAGAAACGAUUCUCUUGUAUCCGGACCAUGCCCUGCAGACGUCCAAGCUAGUCUUUGCCCCCUGCGGAACGCCCCCAGGGAUCAAGUAUGUCCCGGAAGGUCUUGCACGAAAGGCAGCCAUUUCCACUACCAGCAAUUCACUGCUGUCACUGGCCAAGAUCUAUCAAGACGGCAUGUCGAAUCUCUCCAACUCCGGUGUUCCACGCACUGCUCCAGGCGUUCGGGAUAUCCUGGCUCUCUACUACCUCUCCCUGUCUCUUCAGCCAAGCCCGUCCACCGCUAAUAAUGUCGGGAUCUUGCUGGCCGGCAUCCAGAAUAAUGCCCCUAAGAAGGUCCUCCCUCGUCCCAGCGGCGAUAUGCCGCAUCCUGAAAUCCCCGGGGUGAUCCCGGGCACCGGCAUCUCGUUGGCUCUCGCAUACUACAAUUACGGACUGCACCUGGACUCGCGCCAUGCCCAUCUCUACACCAACCUCGGGAGCCUCCUGAAGGAUAUCGGCCAGCUGCAAGCGGCUAUCCGCAUGUAUGAGCAGGCUGUUCAUUGUGAUGGGAACUUUGACAUUGCUCUGGCGAACCUGGCAAACGCGGUCAAGGAUGCCGGUCGUGUCAACGAUGCGAUCGGAUAUUACAAGCGUGCUGUGAAGGUGAAUCCGGAGUUCGCGGAAGCCGUGUGUGGCCUGGCCAAUGCUCUCAAUUCGGUCUGCAACUGGGUCGGCCGUGGUGGCAUUCACAACGGUCAUGGGUUCCGAGACCGGUGGCAUGUCAACGACCAGGGAAUGCUCCGUGACGCUUACACCAAUGACACCGGGACAGGCUGGAUCAAGCGGGUGGUGGAGAUUGUCGAUCGGCAACUCAAGGAGGGAGAGGCCUGGGGUCGCGGUUUGCUGACCCCGAAUGUCAUUGAGCAGUUGUGCGCACAAUUGGCUCCUGCCGCAAGUGCCCACAACCAGGCUGCAUUUGGCACUCUGGCCGGUAUUUUGCAGUCCUGGGCGGGCCAACGAUGGGAGGGCUCCCGGAUUGUCAAGCUCGUGGAGCGUGCAAAUCGCUCGAUCACCUGGCAGUGGUACCAGGAUCGGUAUGUUUAUGGCAAGGAUUACCCGCUGUCUAAGUACCGGCGUCCACAGCUUCCCUCUGGCCUGACCGCGCCUAAUGCGCCUACGGUUCUACCUUUCCAUACCUUCACCUGCCCGCUGUCCGCCAAGCAGAUCCGCCAGAUCUCGCAGCGGAACGGACUUCGGAUCUCCUGCGCAACCUUGCGUUCGCCAUGGCUGCCUGCGACCGUCUUCCCUCCGCCGCCUCCUCCGAACCCGUAUCUCAAGGUCGGUUAUGUCUCGUCAGACUUCAACAAUCACCCUCUGGCCCACCUGAUGCAGUCGGUCUUUGGCCUGCAUAACCCCUCCCGGGUGAAGGCAUACUGUUAUGCCACUACGAUGAGCGACAAGUCGAUCCAUCGGCAGCAAAUCGAGAAAGAAGCCCCGGUGUUCUACGAUGCCAGUGGCUGGCCCGUCGACCGGCUCGUCCGGCAGAUCGUGGAAGAUGGAAUUCAUAUCCUCAUCAACCUGAAUGGAUACACUCGGGGUGCGCGGAACGAGGUCUUUGCAGCUCGGCCCGCUCCCAUCCACAUGUCCUUCAUGGGGUUUGCCGGGACGCUGGGUGCGGAGUGGUGUGACUACAUCCUUGCUGAUGAAAUCUCGAUUCCACCUGACACGCUCUCGCCCGGGAGACGCACCGCACGCAUGGAGGAUCGGCUGCUAGAGGAAGACCACGGCGAGGAUCUGGAAGACUGGGUAUGUGGGGAGAAGAUCGUCUAUACCCGCGACACGUUCUUCUGCUGUGAUCAUCGACAGAGUGCGCCUGAUGCUCAGGAUCCCCAGAUCGCGUGGGAGCAGGAGCAAGCCCGACGGUGGCGUAUGCGAAAGGAAUUGUUUCCGAACCUCAGCGAUGACACCAUUAUUCUGGGCAACUUCAACCAGCUGUAUAAGAUCGAACCUACGACGUUCCGCACUUGGCUCCGCAUCCUGGCCCGAAUCCCCAAGGCCGUCCUCUGGCUCCUCCGCUUUCCGGAUCUGGGGGAGCAAAACCUACGGGAGACGGCCAUUGCCUGGGCGGGGGAGGAGACGGCGUCUCGGAUUAUCUUCACCGACGUCGCGCCGAAGAACACGCACAUUUCCCGAGCGAAAAUCUUGGACCUGUUCCUUGACACGCCGGAAUGUAAUGCGCACACCACGGCAACGGAUGUACUGUGGAGCGGCACGCCGCUCUUGACACUCCCUCGGUACAAGUACAAGAUGUGCUCGCGGAUGGCGAGCAGCAUCUUGAGCAGUGCUCUGCCGAGCUCGGAGGCCGGUCGCGAGGCUCGAUCGGAUUUGAUCGCCUCAUCGGACGAAGACUACGAGAACAAAGCCAUUCGGCUCUGUAUGAGUCUGAAGUACCACCCGGGUGGGCAAGGCCGCGCGGGAGGCCGGUUAACCGAGCUACGCCGGAUGCUAUUCCAGGAACGGUGGGCAAGCAAGCUUUUCGAUACAGCGCGUUGGGUUCGUGAUCUGGAGGAUGCCUACGAUCGAGUUUGGCAACGAUGGGUAACUGGCGAAGAAGGCGAUAUCUGGUUAUGA